AUGGACCCAGGCAAUCUCGAGUACAUCAACCAGCUGCUGGACAAGGACGUCGAGCUCAGAGAAAAAAUUAAGGACCAGGUAACCGAAUUUGACAAGAAAACACGCACCUUGUGCGGGAUGUUGAACAAAAUACAUGCUACACCGUCUGACCAGAUGCCAGUUUUGUUGGAUUCCGUCCGCCCAGUCCUCGAGAGCUGCCGCGAAACCACUGCUGCUCUCGCUGACUUGGUUCCCCCCAAUCAAUUCUGGCGAUGGAAAGACAUGUGGUCGAUCUCCUUGCGCAACGCAGUGUUUGGCGCGACACUUGUAGAGUUCCUCCGCAGCGGUAGUUUACUGACCUUACCACGAGUUAGUGACGUGCUUGGAAUCAAGGUCGAGUGGAAAGAUAAAUUCGCCCUCACAGCCGAAGACUAUCUUCAUGGCCUCAUUACUUUGGUGAACGAACUGUCUCGUCUUGCUGUUAACGCAGUGACACUCGGCGACUAUGAACAACCCAUACGAAUAUCGAUAUUCGUUAAGGACCUAUUCGCUGGAUUUUCCAUGCUCAAUUUGAAAAACGAUACUCUUCGACGCAGGUAUGACAGUCUGAAAUACGACAUCAAAAAAAUUGAAGAGGUUGUAUAUGACGUUUCUCUCAGGAAACUUGCACCCAGCCACCCCCAUGACAAAGCACAUGCACCUACUUAA